CAGAGGUUAACAAUAAUUUAUCCAACAUCUUUUGAGAAACAUCAAGGUGAAAGUAAGAUCUUAUGAUGGCGAAUCGUCAGUGGACAGCUAUUAUCGACUUAUUGACUAUGGUGGAGAUUUUCUUGGCAACAUGUUGUAUGUGUGGGACGAUAUCAACCAUUUUCAGGGCGACAGAGGGCCGCACCCUGAUAGGUCACACCUUCAUGGAGAUAUCAGGCAUAUCUGCCGUCAAAUGCGUGGUACUAUGCCUUUCUUACCAUCAUGAAUGUAGAUCUAUUAGCUAUGAUCAUAUGAAUGCGGUAUGUCGGAUUAACAACGCAUCCAAGGAGGAAUUCAUGACUACGUUUCAUCCAGAGCCUAACUACACUUUCUACGAAAGUGAUAACUCGAGUCAGCUCGCCAGAAACUGCCUGUCCUAUGGUUCUUCACCACAUCCUGAGCCCAUUUCAUCAUCAAAGACAGUCUGUGACUGUUCUACCAGUCAAGCAAUGGGAAUGGAGAGUGGUCAGAUACCAGACAACAAGAUUUCUGUUUCGUCUGUCCGCGAUGGUUUCUUUGCAAACAACACCAGGCUAACAAAUGGGGGUUGGUGUGCUGCCGAAGAUGACCCUCAUCCAUGGGUGCAGGUAGACCUCGAUACCCAAGCCUGUAUAACCAAAAUCAAGUGCGGGCCAAGAACGGAUUUGACACGUUACAUCGACACCUACAAGGUACUCUACAGCGACGACGGGGUGAACUUCAACACCUUGCAAAAUGGAACCAUGGAUAUAUUGUUUGACGGACCACGGACGGCAAGAAGCUGGGCAGAAGCGACGCUGCCGACGGCUGUUUCCGCAAGGUUCAUUCGCCUGCUGAUCGUCAACACAGAACAAAGCAGAAAAAUCGACGCCUGCUUUAAAUUUGAACUGUAUGGAUGCCGGAACUAGCUGCCGUGCGUGCAAAUGUGAUGGUUUAGCAUUAGACACAAACACCUUAUGUGGUUUCGAUAUUGCAAAGAGCGAUACCAAAAUUCGGUACAAGGCCUCACUUACAAAGUUUGAUAGAAAUAGAACAAUGUGCAAAGGCACACAGGCAAUGGUGGAUAUGAUUACAUUUCAUUAAUAUAACCAAAAUUAGAAACAGUGCACAAAAUAUGUAAAUAACAGCAUCAGUAAUCAGGCUCAGAUCAGAAGUGGGGUUGGGGGUCCGCAUAUGGAAACGUUGGUCUCAUCUGCUCAAACACUGCACACUGCAUAUUUGGCAAAUUUUUGUGAAAACACACAGUUUACUGAAAACCUCGCAAAGUGCUGAGAUCGGUGCAAACAGAUUUUGCUUUAAAAUCUAGUCACUGAAACAAAAUCACACGAAAUGUAAAUGUCAUUUCGGAAAAUCGGUUUUUAUACCCCAAAAAAUGACAAUUUUGUAUUGAGAGGAAGCGAAAACGGCCCAUUUCGCGGUGCCCCUCGGUGUUUCUCAAUCCUCAACCGUUUCCUCUUGACCCAGCAGCCUUGACGUGACCAGUUUGAGGAUGGUCGGGGUAUAAGCUUUCCAUUGAUACAACACUCCGCAUGAUUGGUUACUUACUUUAAUCGAAAAAGUAUAUAAAAGUCUCCACCAACAGAAUUGAGCCUCUGAAAUGACCUGGGCACUCUAGAGUUGAGGAGAUGUCCCGGGUGUUAGACGCGAAAACCACUUGCAUACGUCAACAAAGAUUCAAUUUAGCCUUUUCGUUACAAAGUUCAUUCGUUUGUACACAUUUUAAUAUAAGAGCUGAUUUAUAAUACACCAUUGUGCCAACACAUUAGUUUAAAGACAAAUAUAAAGUGAAGAUUGAGAGUUUUGCCAAUUUUACGGGAAGGCACGUUGUAAGUUUAAGGAAGCCUGAAUUCCCCUGCCUCGUAAACAAUCGGCUAUGUUUUCCACACCCAAUGCGCUCGUCAGUAUGUUUUAAUUUUUUUCUUAUUUCCUUGGGUUAAAGGAAAGUGGACAAUUUUGUCCAACAGUUACUUGAAUGAGAGGAACAUUGAAAACCGAUUUAUACGUCCGUCCAUCCUUGUGUAAUCGUUUAUUUACCCAUUGUUGAUAAUGGAAUAAACCACCAGUGAAGGUUAGGAAGUCCACUGAACUGUGCCAUCCAUGCAAGCGACCACCUUACGAGCACACACAAGUAGGCCAAUCUUUUAGGAGACAAAUCGGGCCAAACGUUUCCAUAUAAACCCCCCCCCCCCGCUCACUGGCCAAUUUUUGUGUUUUAGGGGCCUACGUCUAAAGGCCAUUAGAAGAAUCCUUAAAAAACCAUAUAAUUAUGCACAGAUUUUUUUUCAUUUAUUUCAAAACAUUUAUGCAGGUUAACAUUGUUCAGCUUUAGAUGGUUUUCAAUAUAGCCCUGUUAUCAAAAUUACACGUCUACUAAUAUGAUUAAAAAGAAAAACACACCAAAAAUAUAAAAAAGGAAUAUUAACUAAAAGUUACAUCCUGUAAACUGUACUCUGAUCGGGAUUCAUUUAAAACAAACGUUUUAAGUUUUUUUUUAAAGGUGGUGACACUAUUUACACUAUCUUUAAGGAAAUCAGGUAAGUUGUUCCAGAGUUUGGGUCUAGCAAAGUUUAGUGAACAUUUUGCUCGCUCAGGUCUGGGGAUGGGGUAACAUAAAUUCAUUGGAUGAGACCUAGCAAUAAUACUGUUUGGUGUGAAUUUGUAAAACAAUAUUAUUGGUGAGGUAGCUUGGGGCCAGACCAUGGAUACCUUUGUACAUUAAUUAAGACCGUGGUAAAUUAAUCCCUCCGCUGAGUAGCAUCCAUCCAUCCCAACAACUUGGCCAGGCCAAUUUCUUCAGAGCUCAAGUAGUCAUAAUUUUCUAAGAUAACUCUGGCAGCAUAAUUCUGAAGUCGCUGAAUACAAACCAAGUUCUUUUGGGUUGUAAAUCCCCAAAUGCUAAUGGCGUAAUCAAUACAUGGUUGGGUGGUACCAUUAAAAUUGGUCAUUAACAUGUCUUUAGAAGUCACACCCUUUAAUCGCUUUAAUUCUGAAAUGGAGCUACUCAGCUUAGCCGAACUUAAUUCCAAGGUAGUCCACUGCAUUAACUUGUUAAAGUUGGUCGACAUAAAUAAAAAAGUUCAGUUUAUUAUCUGAUCUUUAUGCCUCGAGUUUAUCAUCAUAACCAUAGAUUUAUUUGUAUUUAAGACAAGAUUAUUCACCGUGUACCAUGUAGGGGAUUUAUUUUCCAUGCAUGGCAAGGACGGUUAAGGACGAAAAACAAAGAAUCUAGAUGACUCUAUACUAUUGGCAGCAACUACAUGCAGUAAUAUAAGGCUCUCUUGUACGAACAAAACAUUCUCUAACCAACAACCCCCCCCAAAAAAAAAUCCUGGGUCACCCCUGGAAAUAGUUUAAAUACUCAAAAUAAAUUGUUUUGACUGGUCGUUUUGCACGCGGAUGCUACAAACUGUGAAAAUUUGCAGCUUCUGUUUCACAACUGGAGUUUUAAUGCACGUUUAAAUAAGGGAAUAAAUAUGUGCUUGGCUAGUCAGGAGAAUUGACACAACUAAUGCCCGAGCCGCAGGUUAGGGCAUUAUCAACGUCCAUUCUCCUAAUUCGGCCGUAAACGGUAGUUUGAGGUAACAUUUAAGAUUAAUUAAGCACAAAUUUAUUCCCAUUCAUAAAUACCGUUUAAGUGAGAGAGUCAAAAAGUCAAUGUACGAUAAAUUCCAUUUAAGGGCGUGUUUGGGCAUUAACCCGAACCACAAACUUGUUUCAGCUUUGCUCAUUGGUUAAGCGUUUUCGCAACUUGGUUAUGCCUGUGUGACGUCAUUGUUCCGACCGAACGAGAACAGGGGGUUGGCGUUGGUUCAGCGCCGGUUCAGAAUGGCAGAAAACAAACAGACAAUGUUUGUAGCCCUCAAAUGAGUGAAUUAGACAUUUCAGAAUUUGUUGUUACUUGUAGCAAAUCAACGAGAACGAGAGCUUAUCUGUCUGUUUGCCAACAGAACAGAGGGCUUUUUCGCAUUGUUUUGCAAUUUUGAACAAUUUGUGUAUACUGGAAAAGUAAAGGCAAAAAAUUAGUAAGUGAAUAUAAUUUAAAACGAAUGUUCAACAGAGAAUGUUUUAUCAGUGUAACUUUGGUUUAUGUGAUAUAGUGAUGAUGUUCAUGUGACUGAUCAUAUGAUGAUGUCAUUUGCAAAUCGUGUGAGUUUUUGACUAAAACAUUUGCAUUUAUAGAUACAACAGAUAAAAGGUUUCAGCCGAAUCUGACAUGUAGUUUAGAAGAUAUAGUGAUUUUAAUAAUAAGGGAAUAAAAGUGUGGUGGAGCGUGUAUAAACUUGUCGUUCAUAACCGAUGAGGGACCUGGUCGCCGAUACUUUUCAUCUCAAACACAUCCCUUUGUGGAUACAUGCAAGGUUUCAACCCGAUCGGACACGUAGUUUGGUUAAUGUAGCCGUUUCAAACCUCUGUACAAAAAGCUAUGGGAAAAAAUAAAGAUUGAAAAUUUCAAAAUAAUUUACACGAUAACUUCAUCAUGACGUCACUACUUUGGUAGAAUAUUUGCCUGAUCAUCUGUGCUUGGUGUAACUUUUAGACCGAUUCAAGUCUGCUAGCUGAAGAUAUUGCAACUUGAAAUCUAUGUACAAAGUCUAUGGGGAAAAUUAAAGAUUUAAAAAUGCAUAACAAAUCAUACGAUGACGUCAUGAUGACGUCAUCCAUUUGGAAAAUAUUAUGCAUGUGGGUCGUCAUUGGGUGUAAGUUUGAUAAUGAUUGAAGAUUGCUUAAGUGACCAAAACUGUGCCUCAAAAACGUGUACAAAGUGAAUGGGCCGAACAAAAUAUUGAAAAAUCAAUAAAAAAUCACUUCUAUGCACAUCUAUGCAUAAGGGUCCUUCAUUGGUGUAAGUUUAAUGACAUUCGAAAGUUGUUUAGGCACUAAAGUGGUGGCCAGAAAAAACGUGCACAAAUUAAAUGGCCUUUUGGGGAGAAGAAGAAGAGGAA